UCAUUAGUGUCAUUUUGAUAAGUCCUCACACGUGUGAUUGUUUACAGGUCAAGAAAGUGAAAAAUAGCCGAAAAUGGUUCGAAAAUUAAAGUUUCAUGAGCAAAAGCUGCUUAAGAAAGUAGAUUUCAUAUCAUGGAAAGUCGAUAAUAACUUAAACGAAGUAAAAGUUAUGAAAAAAUAUCAUAUACAAAAACGUGAAGAUUACACUAAAUAUAAUAAGUUGUCAAGGGAUAUUCGUGAGCUCGCAAACAAGAUAAAAGACUUGGACGCAAGCAGCGAAUUCCGUACAGAAUCCAGUGCUCAGUUGUUAGAGAAGUUAUAUCAGAUGGGUCUUAUACCGACGCGGUGGGACCUCGCGCUCGCCAUCAACGUAUCAGCUAGCUCAUUCUGUAGAAGAAGACUACCCACAGUUAUGGUUAGAAAUAAAAUGUCAGAGAGCAUAAAAGAAGCCACUAAGUUCAUAGAACAGGGUCAUGUGAGGGUAGGGCCGGAGGUGGUCAAGGACCCAGCCUUCCUGGUCAACAGGGCACUGGAGGACUUUGUGACCUGGGUGGAUGGCUCAGCCAUCAGAAGACAUGUUAUGGAGUAUAAUGACUUGAGGGAUGAUUUUGAAAUGGUGUAAAAUAAAGUUUAGUUUAGG